AUGAAAGCAAACUUCUUUUCUCCUUUUCCUUUACCAAACAAUCCAAACAUGGCAUGUUCAAAAAUAUUUUCAGGAGAUUUACCUGAAUUAACAGAAGAAAUUAUACAGUAUUUUAGAAAAGAUUUUUCAACAUUAUAUUCAUGUAUUUUAGUUAAUAGAUUAUGGUGUCGUCUAGCAAUUCCAUUAUUAUGGGAAGAUCCAUUUUCAGCUCCUACUCAAAAUCAUCAUUGUAUUAAAACUUAUUUUUGCUUUUUAAGUGAAGACAGCAAAGCAAAACUUAAUGAAUAUGAAAUUAAUGAUAAUUUAAUACUUUCAAAUACACUAUUCAAUUAUCCUAGUUUUAUUAAAUACUUGGAUAUAAAAAAAAUUUGUCGUUCUAUUAAAUAUUGGAAUAGUACUUUAGCUGAUGGGUACAAUAAUGAGUUAGGAAAGUUAAUUUAUAGGUCAUUAUUUGAAGUGUUUAUUGAAAAUGAAGGAAAUUUACAAAUUAAUAAUUAUUCAUUAAUUGAAAAAUAUUUAUCACAAAUAAUUAUUUCCCAACAUAAUCUUCAAAAAAUUUCAUUUGAAUAUAAUACCAACCCAUUUUUAUCAUUAAAAGAUUCUAAUUGUUCUAAUACUUUAAAUACAAUUAUAUUUUUUUCCAUUGAUUUUGAGAGUAUAGUUAAUAUUUUUCAAGAAGUUUUUAAUCAAUUGAAUGUUUUAGAAUCUUUUCAUAUUAUUUAUUGUUAUUCUUUAAAUUUUGAGCUUAUUCAACAAAUAAUCAAGGUUAUUAAACCUUUUAAGUUGAAAUCUUUGUUUAUUAAAGAAAUAUUACAUAUUGAAUCAUUAUUAUUACUAUUACAGAAAUUUAGUGAUUGUUUAGAAAAUUUUGGAUUUGGGUUUAUGAAUGAAGAAUAUAAUGAAUCAAAACAACAAUUAUUUGAAUUUAUUAUGAAAUAUUGUAAAAAGAUUAGAUAUUUUGAAUCAGGUGUACCUAAUUACGAUAAUAUUUACUUAUUCAUUGAAAAUAAUCAACAUAAUAAUAUUAAUUAUCUUACUAUUAAAGUGGAUUAUAUCGAUCAUUAUACUGUUUAUAAUAAAUUGAGUUCAACUGUAUUACAAAAUUUAGGUCAGGUUCUUCCUUCUAAAUUAGAAUAUUUAUGCUUAACUCUUUCUAUUAAGACAAGUGAUUUGGAAAUAUUUUUAAAAAAUUCACAAAAUACUUUUAUUGAGAAAUUAUUAAUUAGAAAUAUAGUAAUGGAUGAAAUUGGAAAUAUUUCAUUUUGUAUUAAGAAAUAUAUUAUGAAGAAGGAAAGGUUUAAAUAUUUGGCUAUAUUAAGUCUUGACGAUAAUGCGGAUGAAAGUGAUUUGUUUUUUUUAAAAGAUGAAGUAAAUGAAUUUAAAUUACAUAAUAUUAUAGUUCAAAAUUAUGAUGUUUUACAUAUUAAUGAAUAUGAUUAUAUAAAUAAUCAUUUACAAUAUUAA